AUGGUAGUACAAUGCAUUGCGGAACAAACGGACGGAGAGAAAACACAAACGGCGGCGGCGACGACGACGACGACGACGACGACGACGACGACGACGACGAAGAGUAGCGAUCUACCACAGCCUCCGCCAUCUACGCCGACUCGAGGGCGCACCAUAAGGUCACCCUCUCGCGUGAUUACUGCUCAAGCUGUACGCAGUAGCCUGGCUAAGUCACCAACGUCAAAUAAAAAGGAUGUCCUUUUGGAAAACACGAACGGUACUUCGGUACAGUAUGUAGAAAAAGACGAGGAGAAAGGGAAGAAAAAUAUGCCCGAUGAAAAAAGAAGCCCGAUCAAGGAGUCCGAUCCUUUGAAAUUGUCGAAACCUUCGAGCACUCCUCGUCCACCAAAUAAUCUAAGAUUGAAAAACGCUGAUAAAACAUCUCCGAGAAAGACUUCACCGAACGAGCUGCGUCUUCCUAAAUUGACAGCUUCGCCCGUUCACCAAGAAGUCAAUAGGUCUGUCUCGGAGACACACUCUGAACUAACUUUACCGAAAUUGAUCGAAUCCUCGAUGCAAUCUACUCGCGUGGCUCAAUGAGUACCGUUAUAUAAAUUUCUCGUGAUAUAGUAAAAAGAAAAGCGUAGUAGUCGCUUUCGAAGCACGUAACCAGUAAAGUCAAUUGUGUAGAUUUAUUGAUUCCCCUUAAAUUGAUGUCCAAUAUUUGCUUUCAUCCAUUAUCUUACACAAAGAACGAAUAAAAUCGUAUUAAUAUACAGCAUAGCAGAA